UUGUACAUUUGGAACAAUUUUUUUCUCCCAUUUUCCCCACAAAAUUAACCUAAAAAUCUCCCAAAAUCCAGAAACCCUAAUUCUUCAUUUUCAGAUCAAUCGUCGUCGUCAGCAGCAGCAGCUCCAAUGGCUUCACCUUCCAAGGACCGUGAAACCUUCGUCUACGUCGCCAAGCUCGCCGAGCAAGCCGAACGAUAUGACGAAAUGGUGGAUUCCAUGAAUAAAGUAGCUAAGCUAGAUGUGGAGCUGACUGUUGAGGAGCGGAAUCUGCUCUCUGUUGGGUACAAGAAUGUGAUUGGAGCUCGAAGGGCUUCCUGGAGGAUUCUUUCUUCCAUUGAACAGAAGGAAGAAGCCAGAGGAAAUGAACAAAAUGUGAAGCGGAUCAAAGAUUAUAGACAGAAGGUUGAGACCGAGUUGUCAAACAUUUGUAGUGACAUUAUGUCUGUGCUAGAUGGAAAUUUGAUUCCUUCUUGUACAACUGGUGAAUCCACAGUGUUUUUCUACAAAAUGAAAGGGGAUUACUACAGGUACUUGGCCGAGUUUAAGGCGGCAGAUGAAAGAAAAGAGGCUGCUGACCAAUCACUCAAAGCAUAUCAGGCAGCUACUACUAAAGCAGAGUCUGAACUGUCUCCUACACAUCCAAUAAGAUUAGGCUUGGCUUUGAACUUCUCAGUCUUCUACUAUGAAAUUAUGAAUUCCUCUGAGAAGGCCUGUCACCUUGCAAAGCAGGCUUUUGAUGAAGCCAUCUCAGAGUUAGAUAACUUGAAUGAGGAGUCCUACAAGGAUAGCACAUUAAUCAUGCAACUCCUAAGGGACAACCUUACAUUAUGGACUUCUGACGCUCCAGAGGAUGGAGAGGAAGGGCAGAAGGCAGAUGGAUCUGCAAAGCCCAGCAUGGAUGAAGACGCCGAGUAAAGGAGGCUGUACCCGUCUUAAACUGCUAAACUCUAGCCAUCACAACAUUCUUUCCUUAUCCUGGCUUAUCGGGAGGAGGAUUAUCUAGCGUCAACAUUAAUGUCAUCAUCGUCGUUCCAUUUCAAUUGUAGUUUAUGUAGUCGGGCAUCGUGGUAGUUAGACACCUAUGCCAAUUAAUUGAGAAUUCCUUUCUUUCUUGUGUGUGCCAUAUCUGAACUGUUGACUGCAGAUUAUUACCCUGCUGUUGUUUCAUCCUCUAUAUAUCUUCUCUUUGUAAUUACAACUCCUCUGGAGAGAAUAAGUGAACCAAGAAAGCUUUAAAACAGAAGCAUUGAACUUCUGUUUUUCCUUCUCAGUUGAGUAUUAACUUUUUGGAAAA